GAAAUCGCUGCACCUUAACAGCGGUGAUUCUCUCUACAACGUCAGUCUCACCUACAUACUGUACGUCUGCCUCCCCAGCCGGUUACCAUUCAAGUCUGAGGCUGCGACCCUGAAGAGAGACUGAGGGAAUCACGAACAGUCUACAAGAUCCCCUGCAAAACUGCGGACCCCUGUCAGAAAUGACAUCCGUCGGCAGACAAAGGAGUCGGAAAACAUGAUCAAGAAGGAGCUGAGCUGUCUCCUUACCUGAAGGUAACUUAGUUACACAAACUGUACAGCCUUUGAAGAGCGGUUCACCACUGUGAGGACCCCAGUGAAACCCCUGGAUGGAGGCAAUCCAAUGAUGAAAUCUAGGGCAAUAUGGAACCACGGGAAGUGAGUGCAGGAAGCGAUUGCAGCAACCCGGCUGGAGCUCGACAGGGAUUCUCAUUUUGCACAUAGAUAGAAGAGGCAGCAGCAAAGCUGCAGAUAACCUGGAGCAUGGUGGGCAACCAGAGACACUGUUCAAGCAGGGUUCAGGUUCACUGGAUCCCGGGAUGACAGGCGAAAGGGGAGGGAUGUCCCCACUGGAGAGUCUGGAUAUGCAGGAACUCAGGAACGAAAAGCUGGUUUGGUGGGAAUCCCACAGGAACCAUGACAAAUGCUGCACUGCCUUAACGGCUUCCUCUUUCCUACAAGUGACAUCUCCAGUGAAACAGCUGGCAGGCAAGACUGUACCUAGAUCUUCUCCUCCGCCAUCAUCCUCAAACUGCCUGGCCAUAUGCAUAACUUUCCAUUGUGGUUGGUUGAAACAAAAUCGUCUGGAUUUGUACAUUGUGGACCUGCAUCUUCCACCUCUGUUUGUAAUGGAGUACUUUUGUGAGUAUCUUCCCCAACACAUAAGAGUCAGAUUGUGAAACACGGGAACCGGUUUAUAUACAACCAUAAUCAUCUAAGCGAUGGAUCACCAUUCCCAUGGAGAGACCCAGACCUCGCUCACUGACCUCUUGCUGGAUUAUCUAAAGGAUCUCAGUGAUGAAGAGUUGAAGGAGUUUAAAUUGCGUCUCCCAGUGAAUAAAGAGUUAAAGCCCCUUCCCAAGGGUCAGAUGAAAACCUUGGGCAGAACAGACUUCGCCGAAAUGAUGAUGAAUUCCUACAGUAAAGCCGGGGCUCUCAAAGUCAUGCUUGAGAUACUGAAGAAGAUGAACUUGAAUGACCUUGCUCAGAGACUGAAGGAAGACCUGCAGAAGUGUAACCAAGCAGGAAGUGAGCAGAGUGACAUGUUGGAGACGAGUCAACUCAUGUUGCACAAAAUAAAAUGUUCCUUGAAAGAGAAAUUUGAGUGUGUGUAUGAAGGGAAAGCUAAGGAAGGACAGCGAAUACUUCUCAGUGAGAUUUACACAGAACUCUACAUAACUGAAGGUGGGACUGGAGCAGUCAAUGAUGAACAUGAAGUGAGACAGAUUGAAAUAGCAUCCAAGAAAAGGCGAAGAGAAGAUACUACAGUCACGUGCAAUGAUAUAUUUAAAGCCUUAUGUGGGCGUGAGACACUUAUCAGAACUGUACUCACUAAAGGGGUGGCAGGUAUCGGGAAAACAGUCUCUGUGCAGAAAUUUAUUCUCGACUGGGCAGAAGGAAAAACAAACCAAGAUGUUCACUUCAUAUUUGCUCUUCCUUUCCGGGACCUGAAUUUGAUUAAGGGUGAAUACAGUCUGAUUGAACUGCUUCACCGCUUUGUCCCAGAACUGAAAUCACUUGAAUCCACUGAGUUAUUUGGGUACAAAGUCUUGUUCAUCUUUGAUGGUCUGGAUGAGUGUCGCCUUCCUCUAAAUUUUCGGAACAAUGAGAGUUGGUUUGAUGUAACAACGAAAAUGUCACUGGAUCUGCUGUUGACUAACCUCAUUAAGGGGAAUCUGCUUCCAUCCGCUCUCCGCUGGAUAACCUCCCGGCCAGCAGCAACCAAUCAGAUACCUCCUGAGUACAUCCACCGGGUGACAGAGAUACAAGGGUUCAGUGAUGCCCAGAAGGAGGAGUAUUUCAGGAGGAGAUUCAGUGAUGAGAGCCUGGCCAGCAGGAUUAUCACACAUGUGAAAUCAUCAAGGAGCCUCUUCAUCAUGUGCCACAUACCUGUGUUCUGCUGGAUUUCAGCCACUGUGCUUAAGAGGCUUUUUACUGAGACUGACAGGGGAGAAAUUCCAAGGACUCUGACUGAAAUGUACACACACUUCCUGAUUCAUCAGGCAAGUUUUAAAAAAGACAAGUAUAUGAAAAACUAUGAAAGCAAGCUAAAUGAAAACAGCAAGGAAUUCCUUUUGAAACUUGGUAAAUUGGCUUUUGACAACCUUGAGAAAGGCCAUCUCAUAUUUUAUAAGCAAGAUCUGACAGAGAAUGGCAUUGAUGUCACUGAAGCUUCAGUUUACUCUGGAGUGUGCACAGAAGUCUUUAAAGAGGAGUAUGGGUUGUACCAGGAGAAGGUGUACUGCUUUGUGCAUCUGAGCAUCCAGGAGUAUCUCGCUGCUUUAUAUGUGUUUCUGUCAAACUCAUCAGCUGACCUGCUGAAUACUGCAGUGAAUCAGGCAUUAGAGAGCAAGAAUGGACACUUGGACCUCUACCUCCGCUUCCUCCUGGGCCUCUCAACAGACUGCAGUAAGACUCUGUUACAAAGGCUACUGGGAGAGACCAUAGCUAGCUUACAUAACAUUAAAAAAACAGUCAAAUACAUUAAGAAGAAAAUAAAGAAUAAUUUAUUUCCCGAAAGGACCAUCAAUCUGUUCCAGUGUCUGAAUGAACUGGGUGAUAAUUCUCUAGUAGAGGAAGUACAAACAUAUCUGAAUUCAGGAAACAUUUCAGCAGAUGACCUCUCGCCUGCACAGUACUCAGCUCUGGCCUUUGUGAUGCUGAUGUCAGAUGAGGAGCUGGAUGUGUUUGACCUGAAGAAAUACAUCAGAUCAGAUGAAGAGCACUGUAGGCUGCUGCCUGUGGUCAAGAACUCCAGGACGGCUCUGCUGAACAGCUGUGAUCUCAUAGAUAAACACUGUGAAAUGCUGACUUCAGCUCUCAGAUCAAACUCUUCACCCCUGAGAGAGCUGGACCUGAGUGACAAUAACCUGAAGGAUUCAGGAGUGAAGCUGCUCUCUGCUGCACUGGGGGAUUUACACUGUAAACUGGAGAUAUUGAGGCUGUCAGGCUGUAGAGUCACAGAAGAAGGCUGUUCUUCCCUGGCUUCAGCUCUGAAGUUAAACCCCUCACACCUGAGAGAGCUGGAUCUGAGCUACAAUCACCCAGGAGAUUCAGGAGUGAAGCUGCUCUCUGCUGUACUGGAGGAUCCCAGCUGUAAACUGGAGAAGCUGCAGGUGGGCCGGUGUGAACUCACAGAGAAAUGCUGUGAGGCACUGGCUUCAGCUCUCAGAUCAAACCACUCACAUCUGAGAGAGCUGGACCUGAGUGACAAUGACUUGCAGGACUCAGGGGUGAAGCUGCUCUCUGCUGGAAUGGGGGACUUACACUGUAAACUGGAGAUACUGAGGCUGUCAGGCUGUAGAGUCACAGAAGAAGGCUGUUCUUCCCUGGCUUCAGCUCUGAGGUCAAACCCCUCACACCUGAGAGACCUGGAUCUGAGCUACAAUCACCCAGGAGACUCAGGAGUGAAGCUGCUCUCUGCUGUACUGAAGGAUCCCAGCUGUAAACUGGAGAAGCUGCAUGUGGAUCACGGUGGAGAGUGCAGGACCAGACCAGGCUUACAGAAAUACCCCUGCCAGCUGACGCUGGACCCCAACACAGUACACAGAGACCUGUCUCUGUCAGGGGGGAACAGGAAGGUGACACGGGGGGCAGCGCAGCCUUAUCCUGAUCAUCCAGAGAGAUUUGACAGCAUCCACCAAGUUCUGUGCAGAGAGAGUCUGACUGGCCGCUGUUACUGGGAGGCUGAGUGGGAUGAAGAUGGAGCCCUGAUAGGAGUGACUUAUAAAGGGAUCGGGAGGAAAGGAGAGAGUUAUGACUGUCUGCUUGGAGACAAUGACAAGUCAUGGGUUCUGUGCUGUGAUCCUGUCAGUUACUUUGUCUGGCACAAUAAUAAACGGACUGCCAUACCUAUACGGCCCUCAGGCUCCCGCAGAGUAGGAGUGUAUCUGGACUGGGGGGCUGGUGCUCUGUCCUUCUACAGAGUCUCCUCUGAUGGACUGACCCCCCUGCACAGAUUCACCUCCUCAUUCACUGAGUCCCUCUAUCCAGGGUUUUAUGUUUAUAAAUCCUCAGUGUCACUGUGACGUGUUGCUGGUUCUCCUGGCAAAAAGGUAAAAUCUCUGCUUUUUAACCUUUAUAAUCCUUUUUACUCUGAAAUGUACAAUACUGUGCAAGUCUUAGGCAGGCAAAGAAAAUGAUGUUUAGAUUAUCCUCCUGUUGGUGUAAAACUAUGAUAUGAUGCCUGUCAAAGUGUGUCAGCUUCGCCAUUUCAGAACCUCUGCUAAAAUCAUCCUAGUAUUUGCAGCGACCGUCCAGUGCAGCCAUGUAUUUUUUGACUUGGCCACUAACACACCUCAUACAGCUAGUCAAUCUGUUACUGACUUUUUAAACAAAUAGGGGAGACCGGGUAUGGUUGUAACAUGGGGAGAGUUUUAACACCCCCAAUUCCACCAAUCAGGGAUAGGAUAAGAGUCAUAUGAUCAUUUCAGUGUUUACCCACUUCCUCCCUAAACCCACAUGGUGGAUAUCAAGGCUGGGAACAAAUACAUGCAGAUUCUAUUAUUAAAAAACAGAUUUUGAGGUAAGAAAGUACUUUUUUUGACCAAGACUAUAUUUUGUUUAGUAUUUAUACUAUUGCAGAUAAAAUCAUAUAACUUAUACACACGUGGACAAAAUUGUUGGUACCCUUCAGUCAAUGAAAGAAAAACUCACAAUGGUCCCAGAAAUAACUUUAAUCUGACAAAAGUAAUAAUAAAUAAAAAUUCGAUGAAAUUUAACUAAUACAAGUCAGACAUUGAUUUUCAACCAUGCUUCAACAGAAUUAAUAAAAAAAAAAAAAAACUCAACUCUAGUUGACUGAUUAUGGA